AUUAUUAAAAAUGUACCUACUGUUUUCAUAAGCAAUCACAGCUGUUUAGUUUUUUAUUUCACUAAAAUUGUUUUGAGUUUGUCAAUAAGUAAAAAUAAAUCAACUUUAUUGAAAAAAUAAAAGCUUUUUAAAUGUCAACUUUAGAAGAAAUAAUACACAAAAACGAGUCAACUUCAGAUCGAAUUGCAGAGCAAUCUCAAGGAUAUGCUGUCAUAAGCAAUCAUAAUGCCAUGGCUAUGAAGAGUACCUUAGAAAAGUCAAUGACACAGGGAAUCAUUAAACAUAUUGCUGGACCUCUUGUGUUUUCUGCUCGAAGUGCUGUUCGAGAUUUAGAUGCCACGAACGAUCUGACAUUUUUGAGAGUCGCAACAAAAAAAUAUGAAUUUUUAAUUGCACCAGAAGAUGAAUUUACACUAGUUGUUUUGCAAUAAAAUGGUGUUUUUACCUUUACAAA